UCUCCACGCUGCGCGCUGGCGGAGACGUUGCAUUACUCUUGCACCUACCACCCCCUACUUCACUUGUCCCAUGCAUAGAUCUUGAUUACGCUCUCUUGAGUCUGUGAGGGGUUGCAGAUGGGAAGUCCCGGACCUGCUAUAUACGUGGUUGUGAAACCCGCCUCGCUAUCAUUGUAAUACCCCAUCUAUCUUCAACAACCCGACCCGCAGCUUCGCUUAUCACCAUGGCCGAUUUCAUCGCCUUUCACACUUACUAUUCGCGUCACAAUUUCCUCUCACCCUCCAACAUGCUUCCGCGGCCUACCAGCCACAGACGAUCCCUCUCCUCCGAGAAUAGGUCUCUGUCAUCCGACAGAACCAUUACGAAAGCGCGCUCUACAAAUGAUUUAUCGGAAAUUGUCACCGAGAAACCCACUCCCGGAGUCCGAUCAUCCAGUGUGGGAAAUUUUCCAGACAGCAACUUCAAUACCCUUAAGGAUCCGAGACUCGCGAGCAGCGCGGAAAGCUCGGAAACCGCAUCCACCACCCAGCCGCACCACCCCGAUCUCAGCAAUGAAGUCGCAGCUCUGAGUGUUAAGCUUGUUCAGGCGAUCAACAACCAAACCACGUUAGAUGACAGCUUAGUUGCCACCCGCCAGGAACUUGAGCAAGCCCAGAAAAAGAUCCGCUCUCUCGAGUCGGAGAACGAAAAAUACCGGCGCGACGUUGAACAGGAAGUAUUAAUCAAGAAGGCCGAUGUCGAUUACGAAAUGUUGCGCCUACAGGCCGCGUUGGCUGAAGAGAAGGCCCAGCGCGCGCUUGCAGAGAAGGAGAAGAAGGGCAUUGAACAAGAACUAGAGACUUUGACUGCUGCUCUGUUUGAGGAGGCCAACAAGAUGGUCGCAGCCGCUAAACUUGAGCGUGAAGCGGUAGAAAAGAAGAACGAGCAAUUACGCGCUCAGGUCAAAGAUACCGAAGCACUCCUCGCAUCGCAUCAGGAGCAACUUGCCGAAUUGAAAUCUGUUUUGCAAGGAAUGAACGUCACCAAGGACGAUGCUGAUGCUCGGACCAUCAUCUCAACUGCGCCCUCCUCUCCAGCUGCACCCAUGCGGCCUCCAUCCAUCAGAAAGAACAUGGAGAGUUCGGAUGCCCUCGAGGAUGUCAUCGCAACGGAAGAUAUCACACCGGCCCCUUCGACCAGUUUCCCACACCUAAUCAAGGCUGUUUGUCGCACCGAUAUACAAGCGUACGAGGACUUCCGAGAACUGUUCACCACAUCGAGACUGUCAAAGCCGCCGAGUCGUGCCACCAGUGGGUCUUACGCCGGUUUGAAUGUCAUGAGCCUGGCUAGUCUAAGCACUGGCGGCUUCGGCUCUGCGUCCUCGUCGCCUGCGAAAUCCAAUACCCAUUCUCCCAGCGGAAGCGUGUCGUCUCCUCAACCGGUCACUUCCCACAUCCCACUGAAGGAAACUCGUUUUUACAAGCGGGUGGUUGUAGAAGAUAUUGAGCCAACACUGCGACUGGAUGCCGCCCCCGGGAUCUCUUGGCUGACUCGGCGGUCUGUAUUGGGUGGAAUUUGUGAGGGUAGUCUCUUGGUUGAGCCUAUGCCUUCAUCGGCUAAGCGGUACGAGUUCCCAUGUUCACUCUGUGGCGAACGCCGGACCGGCUCCGUCAACGAGAGGACUCAUCGUUUCCGCACUUCCGAUAACGAGACCGCCCAGCGCUACCCGCUAUGUGUGCUUUGCUUGGAGAAAGUGCGAUCAUGCUGCGAGUUUACAGGGUAUCUUCGCUUGAUUCUCGAUGGGCAUGUUCGGAUUGGGGAUGCCGAAGAGGAGAAGGAAGCCUGGGAUGAAACUAUCAGAUUGAGGGAAAGAAUGUUUUGGUCCCGAAUUGGUGGCGGCAUCAUUCCAUUAUUCAACCAGUUACACCGACAGCACGCACAUCACGAGAGUUUCUCGAGUGCAGCAGAAAAUCCUCUGGAGACGAUUGUCGAUGGCCCGGAAGAAAGCCUACCAGACCUCACGCCCGAGGUUGAUCACGCAAGUCUGCAAAUUCGAAGUAUCGACGAGCUUGAUAACGAACUGCAGGACAAGACCUCCCUUAACGAGGACCCUUUCGUGUCUGCUCCCGCGGACGUCGCGGUUCCGGUGACUGUCACGGUGCCUGAUGAUGGCACGGAUACCGAAGACCAUGAAAAACUAUUCCAUGAUACACAUGAACAAAUUGACGGGCCAUCGGAAAUCGCCCAGAUCGCCCAUGUUGACGAAGAACCCCAACCCUCCGUGCAUAUAGAUGAGACUGUUAUCAGUCACCCUGCAACCAAGAGUGGCGUUUGCUGAUUCAUUGCACCCAACUUACUAUCCGAACACACGGAUACAAUGUUGUCGACCUUCCAUUCUCGCGUUUCAGAGCCCCGUGUUUCGAUAUCCACUUGCUAUAUAUCAUUUUCGCUCCAUUUCAUACCCGAAGAUUUUCUCGUGUGGCUGCCUGCUUAAUCACUCACCGAUCCCGUCGCUUUGCUGCCUGA